CACUUCCUGCCGCCGCCAUUUUGUCAAGUGAGGAGGAGGAGGAGGAAGCGGCUGCCGCGGAAUUCGCGGUGCCCGCCCGGCCCGGAGUGCCUGGUGAAGAAUGUGAUGGGAUCUCUAGCAUGUCUACGGAGAGCGGCCCUGGGACAAGAUUGAGAAAUCUGCCAGUAAUGGGGGAUGGACUAGAAACCUCACAAAUGUCUACAACGCAGGCCCAGGCCCAACCCCAGCCAGCAAAUGCAGCCAGCACCAAUCCUCCUCCCCCAGAGACCUCCAACCCUAAUAAGCCCAAGAGGCAGACCAAUCAACUGCAAUAUCUGCUCAGAGUGGUGCUCAAGACACUAUGGAAACACCAGUUUGCGUGGCCUUUCCAGCAGCCUGUGGAUGCCGUCAAGCUGAACCUCCCUGAUUACUAUAAGAUCAUUAAAACACCCAUGGAUAUGGGAACAAUAAAGAAGCGCUUGGAAAACAACUAUUACUGGAAUGCUCAGGAAUGUAUCCAGGACUUCAACACUAUGUUUACAAAUUGUUACAUCUACAACAAGCCUGGAGAUGACAUCGUCUUAAUGGCAGAAGCUCUGGAGAAGCUCUUCUUGCAAAAAAUAAAUGAACUGCCCACAGAAGAAACUGAGAUCAUGAUAGUCCAAACAAAAGGAAGAGGACGAGGGAGGAAAGAAACAGGGACAGCAAAGCCUGGUGUAUCCACGGUACCAAACACAACUCAAGCAUCAACUCCUCCGCAGACCCAGACACCUCAACAGAACCCUCCUCCACCUGUGCAGGCCACAACUCACCCCUUUCCUGCUGUCACCCCAGACCUCAUUGUUCAGCCUCCUAUCGUGACAGUGGUGCCUCCCCAGCCACUUCAGACGCCUCCACCAGUACCCCCCCAGCCACCACCCCCACCUGCUCCAGCUCCACAGCCUGUGCAGAGUCACCCACCCAUCAUCGCAGCCACCCCACAGCCUGUGAAGACAAAGAAAGGGGUGAAGAGGAAAGCAGAUACCACCACCCCCACCACCAUCGACCCCAUUCAUGAGCCGCCCUCACUGGCCCCAGAGCCCAAGACCUCCAAGCUGGGUCCUCGGCGGGAGAGCAGCAGACCUGUGAAGCCCCCAAAGAAGGACGUACCGGACUCACAGCAGCACCCAGCACCAGAGAAGAGCAGCAAGAUCUCUGAGCAACUCAAGUGCUGCAGUGGCAUCCUCAAGGAGAUGUUUGCCAAGAAACAUGCUGCCUAUGCCUGGCCCUUCUACAAGCCUGUGGAUGUGGAGGCACUGGGUCUGCAUGACUACUGUGACAUCAUUAAACAUCCCAUGGACAUGAGCACAAUCAAGUCUAAACUAGAGUCUCGUGAGUACAGAGAUGCCCAGGAAUUUGGUGCUGAUGUCCGAUUGAUGUUCUCCAACUGCUACAAGUACAACCCCCCUGACCAUGAAGUGGUAGCCAUGGCUCGAAAACUCCAGGAUGUGUUUGAAAUGCGCUUUGCCAAGAUGCCUGAUGAGCCUGAAGAGCCAGUAGUUACAGUGUCCUCCCCUGCUGUGCCACCCCCUACAAAGGUGGUGGCCCCACCCUCAUCUAGUGACAGCAGCAGUGAUAGUUCCUCUGACAGUGACAGUUCCACUGAUGAUUCUGAGGAAGAGCGAGCCCAGCGGCUGGCUGAGCUCCAGGAGCAGCUCAAAGCAGUGCAUGAACAGCUUGCAGCCCUCUCACAGCCCCAGCAGAACAAACCAAAGAAAAAAGAGAAGGACAAGAAGGAAAAGAAAAAGGAAAAGCACAAAAAGAAAGAGGAAGUAGAGGAAAAUAAGAAAAGCAAAGCCAAGGAACUUCCUCCGAAAAAGACAAAGAAAAAUAACAGCAGCAACAGCAAUGUGAGCAAGAAGGAACCAGCACCCAUGAAGAGCAAGCCCCCUCCCACAUAUGAAUCAGAGGAAGAGGACAAGUGUAAGCCCAUGUCCUAUGAGGAGAAGAGGCAGCUAAGUCUAGACAUUAACAAACUUCCUGGUGAGAAGCUGGGCCGUGUAGUACAUAUCAUCCAGUCAAGGGAGCCAUCACUCAAGAACUCCAACCCUGAUGAGAUUGAGAUUGACUUUGAGACUUUGAAACCGUCCACACUGCGAGAGUUGGAACGCUAUGUCACUUCUUGUUUGCGGAAGAAAAGAAAACCUCAAGCUGAAAAAGUUGAUGUGAUUGCUGGUUCUUCCAAGAUGAAGGGCUUCUCAUCAUCUGAGUCAGAGAGCACCAGCGAAUCCAGCUCUUCUGACAGCGAAGACUCUGAAACAGAGAUGGCACCCAAGUCAAAAAAGAAGGGACACCCUGGGAGGGACCAAAAAAAGCAUCAUCACCAUCACCAUCCACAGAUGCAGACAGCCCCAGCUCCUGUGCCCCAGCAGCCACCCCCACCUCCCCAGCAGCCUCCUCCACCUCCACCUCCGCAGCAGCAGCCACAACAGCAACCCCCACCCCCACCUCCGCCACCCUCCAUGCCACAGCAGACUGCCCCAGCGAUGAAGUCCUCGCCCCCACCCUUCAUCACUGCCCAGGUACCCGUCCUGGAACCACAGCUACCAGGCAGUGUGUUUGACCCUAUUGGCCACUUCACCCAGCCCAUCUUGCACCUGCCGCAGCCGGAGCUGCCACCUCAUCUGCCCCAGCCGCCUGAGCACAGCACUCCACCCCAUCUCAACCAGCAUACCGUGGUUUCUCCUCCAGCUUUGCACAAUGCGCUGCCCCAGCAACCAUCUCGGCCUAGCAACCGAGCUGCUGCUCUGCCCCCAAAGCCUACCCGACCCCCAGCUGUGUCCCCUGCCCUGGCCCAGCCCUCCCUACUCCCACAGCCACCCAUGGCUCAGCCCCCCCAAGUGCUGCUGGAAGAUGAAGAGCCACCUGCCCCACCCCUCACCUCAAUGCAGAUGCAGUUAUACCUACAGCAGCUGCAGAAGGUGCAGCCCCCCACACCACUACUCCCUUCUGUGAAGGUGCAGUCCCAACCCCCACCGCCUUUGCCGCCCCCACCCCAUCCUUCUGUUCAGCAGCAGCAGCUCCAGCAACAGCCUCCACCACCCCCACCUCCCCAGCCCCAACCACCACCCCAGCAACAGCACCAGCCCCCACCACGGCCAGUUCACUUGCCAUCCAUGCCCUUUUCUGCUCACAUCCAGCAACCCCCGCCACCCCCAGGCCAGCAGCCUACUCACCCACCCCCAGGCCAGCAGCCACCUCCACCACAGCCUGCUAAGCCCCAGCAAGUCAUCCAGCAUCACCCUUCCCCCCGACACCACAAGUCAGACCCCUACUCAGCUGGUCACCUUCGUGAAGCCCCCUCUCCACUUAUGAUACAUUCCCCUCAGAUGCCACAGUUCCAGAGCCUGACUCAUCAGUCUCCACCCCAGCAAAGUGUCCAGCCUAAGAAGCAGGUAAAGGGCAGAGCUGAGCCACAGCCCCCAGGGCCAGUCAUGGGCCGAGGCCAGGGAUGCCCACCUGCCUCACCGGCUGCCGUGCCUAUGCUGUCCCAGGAGCUGCGCCCACCCUCAGUCGUCCAGCCCCAGCCCCUGGUGGUAGUAAAGGAGGAGAAGAUUCAUUCACCAAUCAUCCGCAGCGAGCCUUUCAGCACCUCACUGCGACCAGAGCCCCCCAAGCACCCAGAGAGCAUCAAGGCCCCAGGCCACCUCCCCCAGCGGCCUGAGAUGAAGCCUGUAGAUGUGGGGAGGCCUGUGAUCCGGCCCCCAGAGCAGACUGCACCCCCACCAGGGGCCCCUGACAAAGACAAACAGAAACAGGAGCCAAAAACACCAGUGGCACCCAAAAAGGACCUGAAAAUCAAGAACAUGGGCUCCUGGGCCAGUCUGGUACAGAAGCAUCCAACCACACCAUCCUCCACAGCCAAGUCCUCAAGUGACAGCUUCGAGCAUUUCCGUCGUGCUGCUCGAGAGAAGGAGGAGCGGGAAAAGGCCCUGAAGGCUCAGGCUGAGCAUGCGGAGAAGGAGAAGGAGCGGCUGAGGCAGGAGCGUAUGAGGAGCCGAGAGGAUGAAGAUGCGCUGGAACAGGCACGUCGAGCCCAUGAGGAGGCACGACGGCGCCAGGAGCAGCAGCAGCAGCAGCAGAGACAGGAGCAACAGCAGCAGCAGCAGCAGCAGCAGGCAGCUGCUGUAGCUGCCGCCGCCGCAGCCGCCCCCCAAGCCCAGAGUUCUCAGCCCCAGUCUAUGCUGGACCAGCAGAGGGAAUUGGCUCGAAAACGAGAGCAGGAGCGGAGGCGCAGGGAGGCAAUGGCAGCUACGAUUGACAUGAAUUUCCAGAGUGAUCUUUUGUCAAUAUUUGAAGAAAAUCUUUUUUGAGAGCACCUAGGUGACUUCUGCCUUUUUCUGGCAAAAAUACUGACUCUCCAUAGUGUUAGGGGCAGCAGUGGAAGCAGUAGCAGCGGCCAGAGGUGUCUCUGGGCCUGGCUCUCCUGCAUGCUAUGCCCGGGGCAGGCCUGACGGGCAGCUGAGGAUCACAGAGCCCAUCUGCCUUACAGCCAGUCGGACAGACGUCCUACCACAUGCCACCCCUCAGAGGACGUCAGUUCAGAGCACGCCUCAAUAUGAGUCAAGUGCCGGCUGGACCCAAGGCCUGCGUCCCCGCUUGCGGGGCAGAGGCCCUUCUCUGCGCCAAAUGUCUACACAGUAUACACAGGACAUUGUUGCUGCCGCCACCAUGACUGGUUUUCUGUCCCUGAGAACAUGACGUUUGUGACGUCCUACCCGUUGGGAGUCUUUCACACCCCAGCCAUCGCUGCCCGCUCCCAGGAGGCCAGGGCAAGCCUGUGUGGACUGGAACGGCAAGGCACUGGCUCACCCCCUUGCUGGCACUGACUUUGCCUUGAACAGACCCUCUCCCCUCCCCACAAGCCUUUAAUUGAGAGUCGCUCUCUAUAAUAAGUGUUCGCUUGUGCAAAAGGGAAUAGUGCCAUGGAAGUGUGUGUGUGUCCAUGGCAAUUCAGAUAGAGGUGACUGUUCACAUAUAUGGACAGGCCUCACCUGGGGAGUAAGGCCACCAACCAAAGUCAGUUCCUUCCCACCUGUGUUUCUGAUUUUGUUUUGUUUUGUUUUUUUCCUAUAUAUAUAUAUUUUUGUUGAAUUCUAUUUUAUUUUUAAUUUUCUCUUCUCCUUCAGACACAGUGGCACUGCUUAUCUCCAAAAUGGUGUGAUCGUCUCCUCAUUGAGUGGCGGCUCCCACCGCGCUGUGGGUAGUGUGUGACCGUGGCUGUACUGUAUAGUGAACAUAGUUGGCAUAUCUUUGUUUGAAGUUUGUUGGUGACUCCACCAAACUGGUGUUUAAAAAAGCAACGAAAAAAUAACCAAAACAAAAACAAAAACUUCACAAAAAACCCCACACAAAACAAACUCCUGCUUGUAUUCAGUUUCAAACUUUAUUAGUCUUAUUUUUAAUUAUAAAACCAGAAAGCUGCAAUUUUUUUCCUCUCCCUCUAUUUGUUGACUUCUUUGUUUUUGUUUUUUGUUUUUGUUUUUUUUUUUAUGUCAAAUCUGUUUGUUUUUACCAAGAAAGGGAGAGCCUGGGGAUGAGGUGGGCCCCAGGCAUUGGGGGGCUGCAGACUGAGGCAGAAGCUCCCCAUCUAGCACCUGGUUAGACCAGUGGGCUGCACACCCCCCCCUUUUUUUUAAAAAAAUUGGAGCCCCUGGUGAGGUUACAUGUGCCAUGAGAACCCACUCUACACCACAGUGCUGGUGCCUCGGUGUUGGCCAAACUCUGGAGUCACUGACUGGCUUGACUUUCAUAUGGUGAAUAUGCAUUUGGUCUGUACUGAUCAUGGAAUAAACACAUCUCUCUUUUUUAA